ACAAUUAUUUGUUUACAAUUAAAAAUAUGUAAGUUCUCGUAUAUAAAGAGACGGAGUAAAAGUAAAUAUCAAGUGCGCAGGUGUGGAUUUUGGCACGGGGAUGCUGUGACAAUCUUGCUGGAUGAGCUUACCCUCUCAGUCGUACGCGACCUUUCGAAUAGUGAACGUGUCGCGUUAUUUCAAGCGUUUAUAUUUCGCGCCGCUAGACUACAUCGGUUUACAUUGGACGAUUAUUUCCACGCGUCUUCCGGUCUCGUUCUACAAGUCAAAUAAUAUAUUACAUUUAAUUAUGUAAAUAAUUGUUAUUUUUUACACGUAUAUUUUUUAUAUAUUACAAAUUAUUAUUGUUUAAUAUUUUCUAUAAGAAAAUCGUCGAAUUUUAUUUCUUUAUAUAAGAGUUUUAUGUUUCAAUAGUUGGCUUCCGUUUCAGUGAGGUUUUGAUUCGAAUCACGUAGUAACGGAUCGGCGAGAUUACAACUUGGCGUUGUCAACAAUUGUUCCUUCGUGUUUUUUUUUUAUGGUGACCCAUAUGAAUCAUUCCAGCGAAAAUAACCCUGAAGACGGUAUGUCGACUUACGUUAGAUCAACCGAUACGCAUUUGGGAACAUUGACAAGGAUCGUGGGUGUCUGUACAGCGAUCGUUGUAUGCGGAGUUGGAGUGGAUGUGGCGUACCGUCGACACAAUAUGGGCCUUUACGUUACAGCCUCGUCCUUGAUGAUAUUUUUUCUCGAAAUCACCUGGGCCAUCACUUUAUUCGUACAGAUUUGUGUCAGAAAUGAAGAAUCCCUUUGUUCGUAUUGCUGGUCGCGCGUACUCGCGAUAACGAAGGGUUGGCGAAGAGCAUUGUUUUAUCUACCACUGUCCUGCAUUUUGGCGUGGAAACCGCACAAACUCGGGCUCUCCUAUGUCGCGGCCGGCUUGUUAGCAAUUUUAUCUUUAUUGCACAUUGCUUCGAGCGCUUUAGGAAGACGUAUUUCUUGCCAAUCAAGCUCCGGGACAGAUUCUGUUGGAGAAAGUCUUCUAAACACGAGACCUGAAAAUUACGAUCGCUUCGAAGAAGUUUUGGUACCAGAAGUAUUAGACGACGGUGUGUCUGGACCAACAGUACGAGUCGGUGACAGCGAUGGAGAAAUAUGACAUGAACGUCAACCCUCUUGGGUCAGUGAAUCCGAUGAAGAUAGUGAGCCAGAACUAAA